AUUAUUGCGUCCGCGGAGUCAAAUCUUUUUUCUCAUGCGAAGCUAAGAAAAUGUUCCAGCAGCACAUUGACUAGCAGACCAAUUAGAUUCAAGUCGACGAUUGCUGGCUUGAGGAUAUAACAUCAAGGGCGAUGGUUGUGGUGGCCUUGUGCAUAUCCUCGGGAAGUCUGGAAUCGAUAUCUGCUUCGUCAUCAUCAGACAUUUGUGUUCAUGACGAUCAAUCAGAUUCUUAUCGCAGCUCAAGGGGGAAUUAAACUCCAAAUUAUAUCCCCUGAGCACUUGAAACCUACAGAAUAAAAUCUAAUGCAUUAGUGUAGAUCAAUGCCACUGUUUCAAUUGAUGGCCCUCCUGUUUUGCCUAUGGCUGGACCCUUCUCACUCUGCAAUUAUUAUCUCGUCAAAGUUGAGGGGAACGACCUUUUCGCCCUUGAUGAUCCAUCCUCCUGUUCGGAAUCAAUUCCAGAUUUCAAUUGUUGGCUAGUGCGAGCCAGCUCUCUCAGUCCGGAUGAAAAGUAAUUAUUAUGUGAAGGUGAUGCCAAGGUUCAAUGUCGGAGGAGCUUUCUUCGACUGGAAUCGGUCAAUCGGAUUGUUACGACGCCAUCGUUUCAUCUCAUUCGUUGUCUGUUUUUGUCUCAAUGUCUUUUUUGUCCUUGACAUUUUGGUUAAUUGCGGCUUAUUUGUCGAUUUCAAUUCCGCCAAUGGCCGAGUCCAUCCAUCGCCGUCCUUCCGUUCAUCAGAUUUUCUAUUGGAGGGACCGCCAAAUAAAUUAGACGUUCGCCUGUUGUGUUGGAUUUCGUCCACCAGCCGUGACAAGGAGAAUUCGAUCCGGGAGACGUGGGGCAAACGGUGCGACAAAUUAAUUUUCGUUGCCAACUCGCAACCGUUGGGAACGGCAAAUCCAACAGAAGGUCAAAGUGAGGCUGGUGCUGGAAUAGCCCGUUUAUUUGCCAGGACGACAUUGGACGUUUUAAAACAAUUGCACGAUCAUUAUUUGAAUGACUCGGAUUGGUUCCUCAAAGCUGACGCUGCAACUUACGUAGUUGUCGACCAAUUGAAAUUGAUGCUCUCAACCUACAACCCUGCCACACCCUGUUACAUGGCUGGUAACAACAGAAAUAAUUCGGAGAUUAUCGGCGACGCUUACGUCUUGAGUCGAGAGUCCAUCCGCCGACUGGUGCGCCAAUUCCGGCGGCGGAAUCCGGGCGUAGCGCCAGCUGAUUGCGACAAUUGGAGACAUUCCCCGACAGCCCUUAAAUCAGUGCCGACCAGUUCCCGCUGCUUGGAUCGACUAGGAAUCGUCUCCUUGAGCACGCAGGACGAUCGAGGUUGCGAGCGAUUCCUCAGCCAGGGUCUUGCCAAAGAAUUAAUUUUAAAUGAUAAUGAAGCGAAUGCCGAUGGUUCUAAGACUCGCCGAUGUAUUUCAGAUCGAGUCGUCAUCUUCUCCCGACUUGGUGGACAUGACUUUUAUUUUUACGAACAUUUGCUCUACCGUUUGAAAAUGCCCGCCAAUGUUAUGAAGUAA